AUGACUGGGCACACGAUUCUUCAAGACGUCUUGGUUCCGCGUGACCCUGGAUGCCUGAGCGCUACCAGAAUCCAGAACGAAUCAUGUUGUGCCAUAAAGCACGACCGCACCCUGCACGCAACCGUGCUAGUUCUGAAAGGUGGCCUUGCGCACGCGCGUGUAGAAAUACCCUGUGAAGACCAUCAAUUUUUAUCCAGCAAGUUUCCUCAGUUACUAAUUAUUCUGCAAGCGUGUCUUGGCUGCUUUGACUCCUUUGCCUUGGAGGUGGCGAUGCACAUCAGUAGUUCGCUUCGUGUGGAGCUCACGAUUGGAACUCAAUUUAACAAGGCAACUGUAGAAGAUGUAAACAGCGGAGUUGUCAUCGCUAAAAUGCCGUUGAUUAUCCCUCGUAAUCGCUGGGUGCAGGUGGUCUUUCAUGUUUCAGGUAUUCUGACACAUCUUCUUAAUCUAUCGCCCAUUCAAUCCCUGGACUCCAUAGCGUUAAGCGGGAGCUGCAAAACUUCGCGGCUCACAGUAUGCAACGACGAGGAUGAGGCUAUCAAUAUGACGCCCGGCGACAUGGCCCUCUUUGCCGUCCCGGCGUACGCCCCGCCGAUUUGGCAAACCGCCGCGCUUACUGCCGCUCCAGUUGCUCUGAGUGCAGGCAGAACACAGAGCGGGAGCAACAGUGCCAUGAACGCCACUGGAACUCGUCUGCCAGUCGUCGGAGAGACAGCGAUGGAGUGGCUACGCACCCCGUUUCUUCGGCAGGACGGUACAGCGAAGUGCAACAUGCAACCGUCACCGCCGUCACUACCGGCCGAGGAUCCCUCACCAAAGUUGGGGAUUGUAUCCGCGAGCCAACCUCCGUCUCCGUGCGAAACACCACAAGAGAAACUGGGUUCCCCCACAAAACACGGGCUUAUAGGGGCGUCGACACCAACGUUUUCAAAGCAACCACCACCACCACCGACGCCGCCGCCGCCGCCGCCGCCGCCACCAAGGCAGCAGCAGCAGCAACAGCAUGCGCCUUCGCCAUCACGGCCGCUACAACAGCAAAAGGAACAAAAACAGGUGGAGCCCAGCUUAAGAAACGGAAAUGGCUCAUACAUACGUUUAGUUAAUCCGACAAAUCGUCCACAGCAAAGAAACAACAAUGCGUUUAGUCGCAUCCGUUCAAACACUUUGUCGACAAAAGAUUCAGCUGCGAACGGCCCAUUGACGCCGGCGUCAGGAACAACGGCAAACUUAGCUGCACCCUCCUGCAGUAGUAACGCAGACGCGUGGUGUGGCAUUACAGGCUGGGAAGAAUCUGUAGACCCCCUGGGUGGUGUGAACGCCGUCUCUUCAAGCGGAGUGGAGUUUACCGGCAAAUGUUCAUCGCAAUCCAAUCAGGGUUCAGCAGGUGAACGGGGCGCGGCAGGUGUAAACAAUAGGCCAAGCAAAUCCUUGGACUCGCAACGUUCCAAGUCGCGGCAACCCAAAAAAAUGCCAGAGGUGCGAAAGCGUCCUGCUUUUGUUUCUAUUAGGCGGCAAAGGAGAGGAGGGGAUGGAGGGACAGACUCUCAGGGUGUGGUAGAUAGUGAGAUGGGCAACAGCACGACUCGUCCUGCGAGGCGAAGAGGUAUUGCCUUGCGGCAAUCACGGCUGCGCGAACGAAUAAAGCUACUAAAGGAAGCACAGGUGAGUGCACGUCGCAUACACGAGAUGAAGAAGCUUCCGGCAUCGGAGCUGCCCAUAGACCCGAUGGAGGAGGCACAAAUGAUGGUAGGCGAUGAGGUUGUAGAUGUCAUGAAGGAACCCCGCUGCGGCUACGGAUUUGGAUACCUGGGUGUCCUGCGUGAAGGCGGUGGCUUUGAGGCGGAUGAGGGCGCCGACACCAAGCUGAAGGGCGCGCUGACGCUAGCGCUCUCGGAGCUGUCCGAGGACGAGGAGGAGAGGGAGUAG